ACGGGUUAACAUUUUAACCGAAAAACUCGUCUUUCCUUCUAAAUAUUAUAGUGUUUCAAUCUUGUAAAAAGUCAUAAAGAACUAGUUUUUAUGGCAUCUUCUACAGAUGCAAUAAUUAUCCGUGUAAACCUUCUCAAUUAAAAAACGACAGGUUUAAAAUGUGCUUUUAUAAUUCAGACGGGAGAAACAUUUACCAAUACCCACUUCGUUCCACUCGACAUGGCACACGCUUUAAGUAAAGUCGCUGAUAAAUAUAGUUGUUAUAGACAAAGUAGUAAUCGAACAUGGCGAACGUAUUAUAUUUAGUGUUUUAUGUUGGACUAUACGUGUGUCUCUCUGCCGCUCAGGGUCCCUCGGUCAUUACACCCUAUGGGGAAAUUCAUGGCGUUUACGGCCAGGUGAUGUACAAAGAUCCGGCGAUGAUCACAGUGCACAGGUACCUGGGGAUUCCUUUCGCUAAGCCACCGGUCGGGGAUCUGAGAUUCCGGAAGCCAGAGCCUUUGACGAUGCUCAAGACACCGUACAAUGCGAGUGCUUUCGGAAAGGCGUGUCCGCAAUUAGGAUACUCUUCCCCACCUCUUUCCCAGCCGAUACAAAGUCAGUCGGAGGAUUGCCUGUUUCUUAACGUCGUUGUGCCCGACCGAUCGCCGGCACCAGAUAAGGCUCAUGCCGUCAUGGUUUUCUUUUACGGUGGCGGGUUCACCACCGGGUCAUCGACGACCUACGAUGCGCAGUUCUUGGCAGCUUACGGCAACAUUAUCACCGUUACUGCUAACUAUCGCGUAGGUCCUUUCGGUUUCAUGUCGACCGAAGACGUAAACUGUCCGGGAAACUUCGGACUUUGGGACCAACGGCUGGCUCUGCAAUGGGUGUACUCAAACAUUGCCUCGUUCGGGGGUGAUCCUGGCCGAGUGACAAUCUUUGGCAGUUCCGCUGGAGCCGUCGGCUGCAACGUCCAAGCCAUGUACCCGCCUAAUCAAGGGCUCUUCAAGAAUGUGAUCACGCAAAGUGGUACGCUUUCAAAUAUUUCACCAAUCCCCAAUGCAAGAAAGUACGCAUUAAAGCUCGCGUACGAACUUGGAUGCACGACAAACAACACACUAGAAGCAGUUGAAUGCCUUCGUAACGUUUCUUGGAAGGAUUUGAAUGACGCUCUCCUGCUUCUAGGAAAGACCGACGCCGCUUUCACGAGGUUCGCGCCCGCGGUUGACGGUGAAUUAGUAAAAAUACAGCCGCUUCAGUUACUGAAAUUGUACAAGGAUAAAAACAUGGCAGAAGUAGAGUUCUUCAGGUCUCUGAACUACAUGAACGGAGUCAACCAGUUUGAUGGCGCGUUCAUGUACAACCUCUAUAAAAAUCCCGCUGCGGAAAAUCUUGCGGAUUUAUCAAACCUUUUCAGUAAUAUUGGCGUCUCACCGACGCAGAAGGCUCUAAAAGCAGCGGUCAUCCACGAGUACGAAAACUGGAACCGGCCUUUUAAUAAGGAGGAGAUUCCACUGCAGGCGGUGAAGAUCUUUGGGGAUUCUGCAUUUGGUGGGCCCGCAAUCAAUGCCCUACUCAUGCACGAAGCGGGACCAGCAAACUCCUACGCCUAUCGGUUCAUGCCCAAGCCCAGUGUCAAUACCAUGAACACGCCGGACUGGGUGCCAGGGUCCAACCACUUGGACGAGCUGAGAUUCAUGUUCGCCUGGGGAGCGCUCUUGCGGCAGCCCUGGGAGGAGCAAAUGUCAACACAAAUGGUCACCUACUGGUCCAACUUCGCAAAGACUGGGAAUCCUAAUACCCCAGCCAUCCCUUCUGUCACCUGGCCGGUCUAUAACAAAGUCAACAUGACCUAUAUAGAUCUGGACAAAGACGCUAUCACCGCCAAGCAUUACCUUCUUGCGAAAGAACACCACUUUUGGAACGACGUCUUUGGUUCAUUCUCCAUGGAAACUACGGAUUCAACUAAGUGUGAGGGGCCUAUCGUGGCUGCUGCGUCGUUGAUGACGUCCUUUGUCUCUAACAUGGUCGCUUGGUUUCUAAUGCUGUUCGCAGUAUUCCUGUUUUAGACGUUUGAAUAUGAAUGUCAACUGGUAAUUUAAGGAUACAUGAUUGUAAUCUACCAUUGGACUAAAGAUUGUUGCCAUGUGUUGUUUUACGUUUUCUCUGACAUAGGUUUGUUUGUAGUUCCCAUAGGGGCAACACCACACGGCAACGACUGAAAUGUACAUUUUAACGUUAUGUGAAGCCUUCGUUGCCUUUAUUUUUCAUUCAUGUAACUACUCUGUAAAUUUGAUAUUUUAGAAAUUAACCUCAAAGCAGGUGUAUUUCAUUUCUCUAAAAGCUUCGUAUUCCAUGAUUUUAUGUAACUUUUAUUUUCCGCCAUAGGAUUGAUUCGUGUACAUUCUGUGUUUGCAUGUGUUACUGAAUAGCUUUUUCAUCGUGUUUCCUUGUUUUAAAGCAUCGAAGGAUGUAUCAAUUAGUGUAUAAGUUUUUAGUAAGCGUUUUAUAUACCUGUUGGGUAAACCUCUUUUGGCGUGUUUUUACCGCACAUAAUGUAAUUCAGGAAUAAAUAUGUUCGUUUGAUA